AUGAGAGUGCUCUGUGCCUUCCCCGAAGCCAUGUCCUCCAGCUACUCCCGCCCCUCAGCGUGCCUAGCCCCGAUGGCUCUCUACUUGUCUCUGUUGCUCCAACUCUCCCCUUCCUCCCAAGCUGGAGACAGGAGACCCUUGCCUGUAGACAGAGCUGCAGGUUUGAAGGAAAAGACCCUGAUUCUACUUGAUGUGAGCACCAAGAACCCAGUCAGGACAGUCAAUGAGAACUUCCUCUCUCUGCAGCUGGAUCCCUCCAUCAUUCAUGAUGGCUGGCUCGAUUUCUUAAGCUCCAAGCGUCUGGUGACCUUGGCCCGGGGACUUUCGCCCGCCUUUCUUCGCUUCGGGGGCAAAAGGACCGACUUUCUACAGUUCCAGAACCUGAGGAACCCGGCGAAAAGCCGCGGGGGCCCGGGCCCGGAUUACUAUCUCAAAAACUAUGAGGAUGACAUUGUUCGAAGUGAUGUUGCCUUGGAUAAACAGAAAGGCUGCAAGAUUGCUCAGCACCCUGAUAUUAUGCUGGAGCUUCAAAGAGAGAAGGCAGCUCAGAUGCAUCUGGUUCUUCUAAAGGAGCAAUUCUCCAACACUUACAGUAAUCUCAUAUUAACAGCCAGGUCUCUAGAUAAACUUUAUAACUUUGCUGAUUGCUCUGGACUCCACCUGAUAUUUGCUCUAAAUGCACUGCGUCGUAAUCCCAAUAACUCCUGGAACAGUUCUAGUGCUCUGAGUCUGUUGAAGUACAGUGCCAGCAAAAAGUACAACAUAUCUUGGGAACUGGGAAAUGAGCCAAAUAACUAUCGGACCAUGCAUGGCCGGGCAGUAAAUGGCAGCCAGUUGGGAAAGGAUUACAUCCAGCUGAAAAGCUUGUUACAACCCAUCCGGAUUUAUUCCAGAGCCAGCUUAUAUGGCCCUAAUAUUGGGCGGCCCAGGAAGAACGUCAUUGCUCUCCUAGAUGGAUUCAUGAAGGUGGCAGGAAGCACAGUGGAUGCAGUUACCUGGCAACAUUGCUACAUUGAUGGCCGGGUGGUCAAAGUGAUGGACUUCCUGAAAACUCGUCUACUAGACACACUCUCUGACCAGAUUAGAAAAAUUCAGAAAGUGGUUAACGCAUACACUCCAGGAAAGAAGAUUUGGCUUGAAGGUGUAGUGACCACCUCAGCUGGAGGCACAAAUAAUCUAUCGGAUUCCUAUGCUGCAGGAUUAUUAUGGCUGAAUACUUUAGGAAUGCUGGCCAGUCAGGGCAUCGAUGUUGUGAUACGGCACUCAUUUUUUGACCAUGGAUACAAUCAUCUGGUGGACCAGAAUUUUAACCCAUUACCAGACUACUGGCUCUCGCUACUUUACAAGCGUUUGAUUGGCCCCAAAGUCUUGGCAGUGUAUGUGGCUGGGCUACAGAGGAAGCCACGGCCAGGCCGAGUGAUCCGGGACAAACUAAGGAUUUAUGCUCACUGCACAAACCACCACAACCACAACUAUGUUCGAGGCUCCAUUACACUUUUCAUUAUCAACUUGCAUCGAUCAAGAAAGAAAAUCAAACUGGCUGGGACUCUCAGGGACAAGCUUGUGCACCAGUAUCUGCUGCAGCCUUAUGGGCAGGAGGGCCUGAAAUCCAAGUCAGUGCAGCUGAAUGGCCAGCCCCUAGUGAUGGUGGACGACGGCACCCUCCCAGAAUUGAAGCCACGCCCCCUGCGGGCCGGCAGGACGCUGGUCAUCCCUCCAGUCACCAUGGGCUUUUAUGUGGUCAAGAAUGUCAAUGCUCUGGCCUGCCGCUACCGAUAAACCACCCUCUACUCACAAGCUACCAGUGGGCCUGCUGGAUGGCUUUCUGCUCUUCCACCCAAUAGUGUCUUUGUUUUUCAGACAUCUUAGUAACCAGCCUCUGCUGCCCCAUCCUGUUGGAGUCAACAUAGACUUACUGUCCAAAGAGACUAAAUAUCAUAGUAUGAGCUUAGCCUACGUAGGUUGCACCCAUCCCUAAGGAAAAUGUAGACAUCAUCUGUCCCUAUAUAAGGACAAAGGUUUGUGUCGAGAGCUGUAUGUUUCCUUUGCAUCACCAUGAAAAAAGGCUGAUAGCAAACUCCCAGGACAAAUGUUUCCAAGCAAUUUCCCAUGAUCCCUGUUGCACAACACUAUAAUUACAAACCCUAAACUUUAGUCUGUUGCUGCUGCCCUCAGCAGAAGAUUAGGAAAGAAAAGUCUGGAAGAACCUGCAAGAACCCAAUCCCUUUCUAAUUCCUCCUUUGUCUGUUUCCUGCUGCUGUCCUGGGUUUCCUGACACCUCUCUUCCCAUAGGGGAGCAAAUGGGUGAGUCAGCUCUGGCCUUCUGGGUGAGCUGUUUAUGUAAUUUCCUGGUUGAUGUAUGUGUGUGUGCAUCUGGGUUUCUGACAGUGGCAUCCAUCACUGGCUAUUCCUCCGGGAAGCAGGUGCUUCAAAAGUAGAAUUACAAUCAUACUCCAAAUUUUGUACAAAGAUUCUAUUCCUCUGUGAAUUUAGAUUCCCCCAGGCUUGGAAUGGGAGUCAGGUAACAAUAUUCACUGAGUAGAGAGUAAUGUAUUAGACACCAUAAAAAGCAAUCAUCAUUCUUCAUGUUGCCAGGAGGGAAAGAGUUGUAGUACAAAUAAAAAAUGUAUGGAAGUAUCAGGGAGGCAGGGGGAGAGAAUAUCAACUAAAUAAAGCAAAUUAAACCUGCCCCAAAAAUCAAAGAAUAUUAAGGGCUUGAGAAGGUAAGCCCUUAUGUUUGGCUAGCCAAAACCGAUUUAGAAGAAGAAAGAGUGACCCAGAAGUCAUUCUUGUAAAACGUAACUGAAUCUAACCUUUCUUCCCCUCCCCAUGGAGCUGAGCUUCUCAGUGGCAUUUACUAGGCAAAAAUCCAAUCUGGUCAUUAAAGAUGACCAGGUCCAUUCCCUCCCAUUGAGCAUAGAACAAGCUUUCAUGGAGACAUACUGAGGGAGUAUGGGAAAUCUGAAGACAGGGGCCAGACGGCAAAACUGCAGAAUGGUAGUGGGAAGCUACUGAGUUGGGCAGGGAGAAAGGGGAGUGAUUUAAAGUUCAGGAUGAGGGUCUUUGUGACUCCAGAGGUAUGUAGGCCCUUGCAAACAAGUUUCAACUGUAAUGACUUUCUUGUUCUUCUCAGAAUAAAUGAUGUGGAUGAUUUUUUUAAGGAGGAACUAUUUGAUAUAACUAAAGGUUCCAGUUCACACAGUGGUUCGACCUUCCUGGGUGAAAUGAUAGAGAGAGGGUGAGGGUAGAGUUGCUGAGGGCUACUCCAGGCAGGCUGCCUAAAAUGCCUGAGUGAAGAUCCGGGCCAGGUCUGCAAAGUGAAAAAUAGGAGCAAGGUGAGAUAAGCAAGGCAGCGUAAGAUGCUCAGCGUGGAGAAGUGGGAAUUUGGGAGACAGAAGCCAACUUGCUAAUUUAUAUUUAGGGCAGUGGACUCGAUUUUUGACAUCUUUAUUAAUAGGUACCGGAGGAAGAGCACACAGGAGGUAUACCCAGGUGAGUAAACGACAGACUGAGCUUGGACUGGACCAGCUCAUCGGCUGUGCUCAGCUUGGAAGCUGGAGAGAAAGGAGCAGAGCCUGAGAUUGGCCCCCACCCACAAGGCUCCCCAGGGGAGCCUCCUCCUCUGGAACCAGGCACCCUGUGUCAAAGUUUCACCUUUGAGAGGGCAAGAGAAGGAAGUGCGAGCACUAGGGUAGGAAGGAGAGAAGAGGGAACAAAUGGGCAGGGCAAAAUAAGGAAAAUUGGGGAAAAGAGAAACAAGAGAGUAAAGGAAUACUUUCCCAAACUCUGCAGAUAACAGAAACUCUUCUGUAGUCCAGUGAAGGUUCAGCUUCAGGACAAGGUAACCAAAGGUCCCUAAUAGCCAGAUCCUGGACUAGUUUACUUUGCAUCCAUAGAAGUCCCAUGGUGAAAUUACCAUUGCCAUCCUCAUUUUCCCUACCAAGCAUAGAGAAGAACUUUAGCUUGCCCAGGGUCACCCGGGGGAGUGGGUGGUGAUUAAAGAAUAAUCUGGAGGCCCUGUGCUUCGUCACCAAACUCAGUAGCCACCCAAGUCUCAGGUUUUCCCCCUUCACUUCCUGAUAGUUUCUACCCACUCCGUACCGCCAGGACUUCCAGAGCUCCAACCAAACACAUUUUCUGUAAAUAAAUAUUGAUUUCACUAAGCCUUGCAGGAUAUAGGUAAUUCCUGCCUCUUUUGUCUCUUCUGUGUAUUAAAUGCUUCACCAAGAGGUUUAAGUUUUACUUAUUUUUUAGUUAAUAAAAAGGGAAGAAGAAACACUGAAAUUUAUCCUCGCAGUCUUGCCAUUCUAACUUUCCAACCAUCUCAUGGAAGAAGUAUUUGGAUUGUUCAAAGUGCACCAAGAAACUAAGUAUAACAUCACAUUUCAUAGAGAUUUUAGCACCAUUCAUGGGAGGAAGCUGGGGUAGGAUGGGAAAAAUAGAUACUAAACCAGGGGGGGUUGUUCUUUACAGGGGUGCACCCAUCACUCUUCCCACACUGCCUGUGACAGGCACAGCAUCACAGCAUGCAUCAAGGGAGCAGUGUGGAAGGCCAGCCUGAGAUAGGAGUGAGGAGCUCAUUCACUAGCAUCUCCAGGUCAGUUUUCCCUCCUCAAACAAGACAAGGCUGGCCAAGAUCAUAUGAGACUUAA